AUGCCCCUCCUGACAGAGACUAUCCCUUUCCACGAUGGCGAGAAGAAGAUGCACAACCUGAUGCACGUCCCCCCGCAGGACAACCCGACGGUUCCCUCGCUCAGCUACGGAGCGGGCUAUCUACUACGCAAGGCUCCAUUGCUCGCCAUCGGCACAGUCGACGACCAAGGCCGUCCGUGGACAACCGUCUGGGGCGGAGAGGAGGGAUUUGCUAACCCGGUCGCCGAGUCCACGAUGGAAGUGCACACGCCCGUCGACCGAUGCCAUGACCCGGUCGUCGGGACACUAUUGCGUGAUUCCGCAGAACAUGACGGAAAGAUCUGGUCCGGCUUGAUCGUCGACCUGGAGGCGCGCAAGAGGGCCAAACUCCAUGGCAGGCAGAUCUCUGGCACGCUGGACUCCGGAGCCAAGGGUUCUGUGCCGGGGCUGGGCAUGGCCCAUUUGAGUCUACAUAUUGAUGCCAGUCUGGGAAAUUGUCCAAAAUACAUGAAUAGGAAACACAUCAUCCCAGCGCUACCAGCCCCGAAACUGAUCUCAGACUCUCCGCAGCUAUCUUCAGAAGCAAUCGAUCUCCUCCAUCGUGCGGACUGUCUAUUUGUUUCAUCAACCCACAGCAACACGGACAUGGAUACGAACAUCCGCGGCGGCCCCCCGGGGUUUGUUCGGGUCGUAUCAAAUGAGCCGAGUGGUGCUGUCUUCGCGUAUCCAGAGUACUCCGGGAACCGCCUCUACCAGACGCUGGGAAACCUCCAGACCAACCCAUCGGCCGGCUACGUCUUCCCUGACUUUGAGACCGGAAACGCGCUGUACGUCACCGGACAGACCCAAAUCUUGGUCGGAAGAGACGCAGCGCAUGUGCUCCCGCGGUCCAACCUGGCCGUUCUCGUCACCGUCACAGCAGCCAGGUACGUCGAAAGAUCCCUAUCAUUUCGGGGUAUUGCGGGAGAGCCAUCUCCGUAUAAUCCGAGCGUACGAUACCUAGCAACAGAGAAAGUCGAUCCAACCGUAUCCACGAACGAGGAUUCAACCAUCACUGCAACUCUCAUCAAGAAGGAAGUUCUCACUCCAAACAUCCAACGCUUCCGCUUCCGCGUUUCCGAACCAAAAAAGCUAGGAACCUGGACCCCGGGACAAUACGCCACUCUUUCCUUCUACGACGAACUCUACAUGGGAUAUCACCACAUGCAAGACGACGACCCGAGCAGUUUAAACGACGACUACGUGCGAACAUUCACCAUCUCCUCCCAUCCGCAGCACCUCCCAGCAUCAGAAUUCGAGAUAACGGCCCGUAAACACGGCAACGUAACCAACUACCUCUUCCGGAUAAACCAGCGAUCCGGUCUCGAGGUCCCCCUGAAAGGCACCGGCGGGGAAUUCCACAUCCAGCAGGGCGCAAACGAGAUUGUCCCAUUCAUUGCGGGGGGUAUCGGCAUCACUCCGGUGCUCGCCCACCUCCCCGCCCUCGAUCUCAGUCGCCUACGGCUGUUAUGGUCCAUAUCGAUCCAAGACAUGGGUUUAGCUCUGGAUACGUUCCAGCGAUUCCCGGAGCUGCCUCACUCCACGACGUUGUUUGUGACGGGUGCCGAUUCGCAGGACACCGACGUAGUUCGACAGUAUGAGGCGGUAAGAUCGUCUGGCGCGUGCGUCCGUCGUCGUCGGAUGGAGUCGAGUGAUCUGGAUUUGGAGCUGGCGGAGGUGUGGUACUUCUGUGGUAGUCCGGCGCUGAAAGGGCCGGUGUUGAGCUGGUUGACUGGUAAGAAUGUAGUUUAUGAGGACUUUAACUAUUGA